GCAUGUUGGUUUGACUCUCACCUAGUCACAUCUAUCAAAAUUCUUCCAAAUUCCAAGUGGUGCUUACACAAUGUCUGCAAUUGGAAUCAAUGGGUUCGGCCGCAUCGGACGGAUGUUUGCCCGCCAGGCGCUGGUGCGCAAGGAUGUGCAGAUCCUGGCCAUUAACGACCCUUCGCUGGACCCCAAGUACCUGGCCUACAUGCUGCGCCACGACUCCACCCAUGGCCUGUUCGAGCACAAGAUCUCGCUGGAGGGCAACACCUUGACCGUGUGCGGCAAGAAGAUCCAGCUGCUGAAGGAGUCUGAUCUCAAGAAGGUGAACUGGUGCGAGCUGGGCGUGCACACUGUGGUGGAGUGCUCCGGUCGGUUCACCACUUUGAAGGCCUGCCAAGCGCAUCUGGAUAGUGGAGCCAAGAAGGUGGUCAUAUCGGCUCCAUCCGCCGACGCUCCAAUGUUCGUGUGCGGAGUGAAUCUGCACAAGUACAAGCCCGACAUGAAGAUCAUAUCGAACGCCUCCUGCACCACCAACUGCCUGGCUCCGCUGGCCAAGGUGGUGCACGAUAACUUUGAAAUUUGCGAGGGCCUGAUGACCACCGUGCACGCGGCCACGGCCACCCAGAAGAUCAUUGACGGACCCAGCAGCAAGCUCUGGCGGGAUGGUCGCAGCGGCAUGACCAACAUCAUCCCGGCCGCCACGGGAGCCGCCAAGGCGGUGGGCAAGGUGAUCCCGGACCUGAACGGAAAGCUCACGGGCAUGGCGUUCCGCGUGCCGGUGCCCAAUGUUUCGGUGGUGGACCUCACGUGUCGACUCACCAAGCCCGCCAAAAUGGACGACAUCAAGAAGUGCAUCAAGGCAGCGGCCGAGGGCGAGUUGAAGGGCAUCAUGGGUUAUGUUGAGGAGGAGGUGGUGUCCACCGACUUCAACGGCUCACGCUUUGCGUCCGUCUUCGAUGCCAAGGCCUGUAUCGCCCUGAACGAUAACUUCGUCAAGCUGAUCAGUUGGUACGACAACGAGACGGGCUACUCCUGCCGACUCCUGGACCUGGUUCUCUACGCCCAACUGGUCGACCAGUGUGCCGAGAAGGACAAGGCCAACUCCUGUGAGAAGAAAGAGGACCCCUGUAAGAAAAAAGAAGAUCCUUGUAAGAAAAAAGAGGAUCCCUGUAAGAAAAAAGAGGAUCCCUGUAAGAAAAAAGAGGAUCCCUGUAAGAAAAAGGAAGAUCCCUGCAAGAAAAAAGAAGAUCCCUGCAAGAAAAAGGAGGAUCCUUGUAAGAAAGAUCUUCGUGUUAAAAAGAAAGAUCCUUGUCCCAAAAAGAAAGACGAUCCUUGCAAGAAAAAGUAAAAAAUACUUUACAAGAAUUAGAAAUAUAAAAGUUUUAAAAUCGUUUUACAUGCCACAUUGUAAAAAAGAUAAAUAGGAUGUGAAUUUCAUUCUGAAACUGCCAGACGAUCAUUGAAACAAGUGAAUAAAUUCAUUAAUAUUAUAAA